GUUACUGCUUCAUGGCAAGAUGGAAAUAAAAAAGGGGAGGUCAUUUUGGAUCUUCUGCCUAAUUUGGAGUUGUUGCAAGGGCAAAGAACCAGUUCAGAUAGUCCAGGUCUCUACUGUCAGUAGGAGUGAAUGUGCUACCUGGGGCAACUUCCACUUUCAUACAUUUGACCAUGUUAAGUUCACUUUUCCUGGAACCUGCACAUAUGUCUUUGCUUCGCACUGCAACGACAGCUAUCAGGACUUUAACAUCCAAAUCAGGCGCAGUGCCAAGAAUAGCUUCCUGAUCUACUUCACUGUCACUAUUGAUGGAAUGAUCUUGGAGGUGAAGGAGACAGGCAUCACAGUGAAUGGGAACAAGAUCCCCAUGCCCUUCAGCUUGAAGAGCAUCCUGAUUGAGGACACCUGUACUUACUUCCAAGUCACUUCCAAGCUGGGCCUGACACUCAAGUGGAACUGGGCUGACACUCUCCUACUGGACCUGGAAGAAACAUAUAAAGAGAAAAUCUGUGGUCUGUGUGGGAACUAUGAUGGCAGUGAGAAGAAUGAUUUGAUUUUGGAUGGGUAUAAAAUGCAUCCGAGGCAGUUUGGGAACUUCCACAAAGUAGAGGAUCCAUCAGAAAAGUGUGCUGAUGUGAGUCCAGAUGACCACACUGGAAGACAUCCUAGGAGGGAAGACAAUAGAUGCAGUAAAUAUAAAAAAAAAUGCAAGAAACUUAUGUCCCGUUUUGGCAAUUGCCCCAAAGUGGUUGCAUUUGAUGACUAUGUAGAGACCUGCACUGAAGACAUGUGCCACUGUGCAAUUAAUUCUUCUCACUCUGAUUUGGUUUCCAGCUGCAUAUGCAGCACUUUAAACCAGUAUUCUCGAGACUGUGUCCUCAGGAAGGGAGACCCUGGGGAAUGGAGAACCAAAGAACUUUGCUAUCAGGAAUGCCCAAACAACAUGGAGUACAUGGAAUGUGGAAACUCCUGUGCUGACACAUGCGCUGACCCAGAAAGAAGCAAGAUCUGUAAAGCCCCAUGUACUGAUGGCUGUUUCUGUCCUCCUGGAACCAUCCUCGAUGACCUCGGUGGCAAAAAAUGCAUCCCCAGAGACAGCUGCCCCUGUAUGUUUCAAGGCAAAGUCUACUCAUCUGGAGGGACUUACUCCACUCCCUGCCAAAACUGUACUUGCAAAGGAGGUCACUGGAGCUGUAUCUCUCUGCCCUGUUCCGGAAGCUGCAAUAUAGAUGGAGGAUUCCAUAUAACAACGUUCGAUAAUAAGAGAUUUAAUUUUCAUGGCAACUGCCAUUAUGUCUUAGCCAAGAAUAGUGAUGACACGUUUGUGGUGAUUGGAGAGAUCGUCCAGUGUGGGACAUCAAAGACAAUGACUUGCUUAAAGAAUGUAUUAGUCACACUGGGAAGAACUACUAUAAAAAUAUGUUCCUGUGGAAAUAUCUACAUGAAUAAUUUUAUUGUGAAGCUGCCAGUAAGCAAAGAUGGCAUCACCAUCUUCAGAUCCUCUACAUUUUUCAUUCAAAUAUUGAGCUCAAAUGGAGUGCGGAUUCAAGUGCAAAUGAAACCUGUAAUGCAGCUCUCCAUAACAGUUGAUCAUUCUUACCAGAAUCGCACAUCUGGUCUUUGUGGCAAUUUCAAUAAUAUCCAAACUGAUGACUUCAGAACAGUCACUGGAGCUGUGGAAGAUUCAGCUUCUGCUUUUGGUAACUCAUGGAAAACUAGAGCCAGCUGUUUUGAUGUUGAAGACAGCUUUGAAGAUCCUUGUUCAAACAGUGUGGAUAGAGAAAAAUUUGCCCAGCACUGGUGUGCUCUUCUGUCUAAUACAAGCAGUGUGUUUGCUGCCUGCCACUCUGUUGUAGACACUUCUGUGUACAUCAAGAAAUGUAUGUAUGACACCUGCAAUGCUGAGAAGAGUGAAGUUGCGCUGUGUAGUGUGCUCUCUACUUACUCCAGAGACUGUGCUACAGCAGGCGUGUCCCUGAAGGGCUGGAGGCAGGGCAUCUGUGAUCCCUCUGAGGAGUGUCCUGAGACUAUGGUUUAUAACUAUAGUGUGAAGUACUGUAACCAGUCUUGCCGCUCGCUGGACGAACCUGAUCCGCUGUGUAAAGUUCAGAUCACUCCAAUGGAGGGCUGUGGUUGCCCUGAAGGGACCUACCUCAAUGACGAGGAGAAAUGUGUAACUCCAGACGACUGUCCCUGCUACUACAAAGGCAAGAUUGUCCAGCCUGGCAACUCCUUCCAAGAGGACAAACUGAUGUGCAAAUGCAUUCAAGGAAGAUUAGACUGCAUUGGAGAAACUGUCCUGGUAAAAGAUUGCCCAGCUCCUAUGUAUUACUUCAACUGCAGCUCUGCGGGUCUCGGUGCGAUUGGAUCAGAAUGUCAGAAAAGUUGUAAGACGCAGGACAUGCACUGUUAUGUCACUGAAUGUGUUUCUGGCUGCAUGUGUCCUGAUGGGCUGGUAUUGGAUGGCAGUGGAGGAUGUAUUCCCAAAGAUCAAUGCCCAUGUGUCCAUGGUGGACACUUUUAUAAACCUGGGGAAACCAUCAAAGUGGACUGCAACACAUGCACCUGCAACAAAAGGCAGUGGGACUGCACAGACAACCCCUGCAAGGGAACCUGCACUGUGUACGGAAACGGGCACUACAUGAGCUUUGAUGGGGAGAAGUUUGAUUUCCUGGGAGACUGUGACUAUAUCCUAGCUCAGGAUUUUUGCCCCAAUAACGUGGAUGCUGGCACCUUCCGAAUCGUAAUUCAGAACAACGCUUGUGGGAAGUCACUCUCCAUCUGCUCCCUAAAGAUCACACUGAUUUUUGAGAGCAGUGAAAUUAGGCUCUUGGAAGGAAGAAUUCAGGAGAUAGCCACUGAUCCAGGAGCUAAGAAAAAUUACAAGGUGGAUCUCAGAGGAGGUUAUAUUGUGAUUGAAACAAAUCAAGGGAUGAACUUCAUGUGGGACCAGAAGACCACUGUUGUUGUUCAUGUGGCACCAUCCUUCCAGGGAAAGGUUUGUGGCCUUUGUGGGGACUUUGAUGGCCGCUCAAGGAAUGACUUCACAACCAGAGGGCAGUCCAUGGAGAUGAGCAUCCAGGAAUUUGGAAAUAGCUGGAAAAUAACAAGCACCUGCUCAAAUCUAAACAUGACGGACCUGUGUGCUGAUCAACCUUUCAAGUCUGCCCUGGGACAGAAGCACUGCAGCAUCAUUAAGAGUAACAUCUUUGAAGCCUGUCACAGUAAGGUCAACCCAAUACCAUAUUAUGAAUCUUGUGUUUCUGACUUCUGUGGCUGUGACAGUGUGGGAGACUGUGAGUGCUUUUGUACCUCAGUUGCUGCUUAUUCAAGAAGUUGUAGCAGAGCUGGUGUUUGUAUUGACUGGAGAACGCCUGCCAUUUGCCCCGUGUUCUGUGAUUAUUACAAUCCACCUGACAAACAUGAGUGGUUCUAUAAACCCUGCGGAGCCCCUUGUCUAAAGACCUGCAGGAACCCACAUGGCAAGUGUGGGAACUUGCUGUACAGUUUAGAAGGCUGUUACCCUGAGUGCAGUCCUGACAAGCCAUAUUUUGAUGAGGAGAGUAGGGAGUGCGUCUCCCUCCCCAACUGCACUUCAUGUGAUCCUGAAGAGAAACUAUGUAUUGAAGACUCCACAGAUUGCCUUUGCUGCUACAAUGGAAAGACCUAUGCCUUAAAUGAAACUGUAUUCAGCCAAGUAUAUGGGACCGAGUGUGGUGAUGCUGUCUGUGGCCCUAACGGAGAGGUCAUUAAAACACCCAUCCCUUGCAGAACACCAUCCACACCAGCACAAGAACCACAUAUGCAACCUGUAACAACUGCACCUCCAUCGUCAGCGGUAGCCACUCCCUGCUUCUGCAAUGACAAUGGACAAUUGAUACAAAUGGGAGAAAAUGUUUCUCUGGCAGUGAAUGUAUCAGGUCAUUGUGCUUACUCCAUUUGCAAUGCAUCGUGUCAGAUUGAAUUAAUUUGGGCAGAGUGUAAAACUGGUCACGCUGAGGCCCUCGAGAUCUGUGAUCCAGACUCCAAAGCCUGUCCACCAGCAUCUGCUCCCAGUGCAAUAAUCCAGGUUCCUGCUUCCACAGAGACUCCUGUGAGCGAUUGUCUUGGGCUCAUUCCUCCCAGAAAGUUUAAUGAAACAUGGAAUUUUGGAAACUGCCAGAUUGCCACUUGCCUGGGACAAGGGAACAAUAUUAAACUGUCCAGCAUGACUUGCCCUCCUCAGCAACUGAAACUCUGUGUCAAUGGUUUCCCAUUCACAAAACACUACGAUGAAACUGGUUGCUGUGAAGUCUUUGAGUGUCAGUGUAUUUGCAGUGGAUGGGGAAAUGAGCAUUAUGUGACUUUUGAUGGAACAUAUUACCAUUUUAAAGAAAACUGCACCUAUGUCCUUGUGAAGUCAAUUCAUCACAACUUCUGGAUUCAUAUAGACAACUACUACUGUGGUGCCGUUGAUGGAGCGAUUUGUUCAAUGUCCCUUCUCAUUUUUCAUUCCAACUCUGUUGUUAUUCUGACACAAGCAAUGGAACACGGAAAAGAAACAAACUUGAUUUUGUUUGAUGAUAAGAAAGUUGUUCCAGACAUUUCCAAGAAUGGUAUCACGAUAACCAGUUCUGGCCUUUACGUCAUAGUUGAAAUACCUGAAUUAGAAGUCUAUGUCUCCUACAGUCGACUUGCAUUUUACAUAAAACUCCCUUUCAGAAUGUUUUAUAACAGUACCAUGGGACUGUGUGGUACCUGCACCAACCAGAAGUCUGAUGAUGCUAUGAAGAGGAAUGGUGAGGUUAUCGAGUCCUUCGAAGACAUGGGAUUAGAUUGGAAAGUCCCAGAUCCUACCAACAGAUACUGUAAUCCAGGUGUCUUAGAACCAGCUGAAAUUGAAUAUCAUCAGCACUGUGAGCCUUCCAAUCUGUGUAAAAUCAUCUGGAACCUGACGGAGUGCCAUGGCAUGAUACCCCCCCAGCCCUAUUACGAGGCGUGUGUGGCCAGCGGGUGCUCCGAGCGGCACCCCAGCACUGAGUGCCAGAGCAUGCAGAUGUACGCGGCCUUGUGCGGGCUCCACGGGGUCUGCGUGGACUGGAGGAGACAGGCCAAUGGGCAGUGCGAGGCCAGCUGUCCUCAGGAUCAGGUCUACAAGCCAUGUGGGGAAGCAAAAAGAAACACUUGCUUCAGCAGAGAAGUCGUUAUGGACGCCUUCACCUCCCAAAAUAACACACCAGUGUUUGUUGAGGGAUGCUAUUGCCCUGAUAGAAAAAUUCUGCUGAAUGAUCAUGACGGCAUUUGUGUUUCUGUCUGUGGUUGCACUGCACAAGAUGGGUCAGUGAAACAGCCUAGAGAGGCUUGGGAGCACAACUGUCAAUACUGUGCUUGCGAUGAAGCGACCUUGAAUAUCUCUUGCUUCCCCCGCCCUUGUGCUCAAUCUCCACCUAUCAACUGCACUAAAGAGGGAUUUGUACGCAAAAUAAAACCACGUCUGGAUGACCCAUGCUGCACAGAAACAGUCUGUGAAUGUGAUAUAAAAGCCUGCAUUAUCAACAAAACAACAUGUGACUUAGGCUUCCAACCAGUGGUUGCUAUAUCUGAGGGUGGUUGUUGUCCUAUCUUCUCCUGUAUACCUAAAGGUGUAUGUGUUUCUGAAGGAGUUGAAUUUAAGCCUGGGGCAAUGGUGCCUAAAAGCUCUUGUGAGGACUGUGUGUGCACAGAUGAGCAGGACGCUGUGACACGGACCAACCACAUCCAGUGUGUUCCAGUGAAAUGCCAAACCACCUGCCAGCAGGGUUUCCGCUACGUGGAAGAGGAGGGUCAGUGCUGCAGCCAGUGUCAGCAAGUGGCAUGUGUGGCAAAUUUUCCAUUUGGCAAUGUGACCAUUGAGGUUGGAAAGAGUUACAAAGCUCCAUACGAUAACUGCACUCAGUACACGUGCACUGAAUCAGCGGGCCAGUUUUCCCUGACUAGUACAGUAAAAGUCUGCCUACCGUUUGAAGAAUCAAACUGUGUCCCAGGGACAGUUGAUGUGACUUCAGACGGCUGCUGUAAAACAUGUAUCGACCUGCCGCAUAAAUGCAAACGCAAUGUGAAAGAGCAGUUUAUUGUCCACAACAACUGUAAGUCAGCUGCUCCAGUCCCAGUGCCCUUUUGUGAAGGGACAUGCAGUACCUAUUCUGUGUAUUCCUUUGAGGCCAAUGAAAUGGAACACAAAUGUAUUUGCUGCCAUGAAAAAAGGAGUCACGAAGUGAAGGUGGAACUGGUUUGCUCUGGGCAUAAGAGAGUCCAUUUCACAUACGUGCAUGUAGAUGAAUGUGCGUGUGUGGAAACAAAAUGCUCAAAGAGGAGAACAUGAGCAUGAAAAAAAGGAAACAUUUCAGCUCCCAUUUAAUGCUUCCAUAGCAAGUGAGUAGUUUAGAAAGCAGCUGUGAGUAACUUUCAAAUGACCAUAGUUCUCUCUUGUGCUUUUUCCUUCUGGUAUUAUAAGCACUUAUGGAAAUUAGCUAAAGAUUUUACUCUAAAUGUUUGUAGAAUAAACUGCAUUUCAAAGAG